CUUCUGCGAUGCCACUUGUGUGCGAUCUUUGUUGAGUCGGAUUCCCCGUAUUACAAGCUAACAAAAAACCGUGACCAGAAACAGUAACCACAACUCGGAUAGCGAUAUUACCUGACGACCCUCAGUGGAUCCCGCACCAUGCCCGCCAUCGAGCACAAGUUGAACAUCACCGAAGAGGAGGUUCCACAGCAUAUUCGUCGACUUGCUGAGGAGCAGGGCGAGUGUCCCAGCUCCAGGGAUCAGAUCAUCGAACAAUUCCGCAGCUACAUUUUAGAACGCAAUGAGUGCCAGCCUCACCGUAACGAUGCAAAAUAUUUGGAAAAAUUUUUAAGAGCCCGCUACUGGAAAAUUGAAAACAGUUACAGAUUGCUAUGCAGUUACUAUAAGUUCCGGGAACACAACAAAAACUUCUACGAGAAGGUUCGUCCUCUAGAUCUGCGUCACAUUGGCCAGUCGGAUAUCCUUACAGUUACUCCUUACCGGGAUCAACAUGGUCACCGCAUACUCAUCUAUAGAUUCGGCCUGUGGCGACCCAACCGUGUGACAGUUGAUGAUAUUUUCCGGGCCACCAUUGUCCUACAGGAGUUAGGCAGCUUGGAACCCAUUUCACAGAUCGUCGGAGGAGUGGGAAUCUUUGAUCUGAAAGAUCUGGGUCUGGAACACAUACUCCAUUUGAGUCCCAGUGUGGCUCAAAAGAUGAUUGCCCUCCUAGUGACUUCCAUGCCAAUUAGGACAUCCGCCCUCCAUAUUGUGAACCAGAAUUGGGUCUUCAAUGCGGCAUUCAAGAUAUUUAAGCCCUUCCUCAACUCGGCCAUGCGAGAAAAGCUCUACAUCCAUGGCAGUGAUAUGACUUCUCUCCACAAGCACAUCAAUCCAGAACAUCUGCCAAAGCGUUAUGGUGGUCUGCACGAGGAUUACUCCUAUACACUCUGGCUGGACAUGCUGAAGGAGCAAUGUUCUGGUAAUGGGGUCCAAAAGGAUAUGGAGCAAUUGGGAUUUAUUUUUGAUUAGGCUUUGAUCUUAAUCUAGUUCGAUAUACUUGCAUGAGCUUCACCAGGCACUAAUGGUCUCUCAAUUGAUUUUUUAAAUAUUAAAAGGGAAUUAUAAUAUUUUUGUAAUUUUUUACUCUUAU